GGCGAAUCCUACGAGUCCAGUAUGCCGGAUGGAGUAGCUUCGUGAGAUACGCGGUAACGUUUACCAGAGCUGGUAUGGCUGAGGAGAAGCAGGAAGAGCAGAGGGCUGACUCGCCAUUGUUAGUCCUCUUGGAACUCUCGUCAGAGGGAGAAGGAGGGGACGCAGCGCUGGUUCCGUUAGGCACUCAGCCGGGCAGAGUUAAUCCAGGAAGUGCUGUGAGGUAUUUCCCUGAGCGUACACGGGAGGAAGAGGCGGGGGAAGAGGAGCCGCUGCUCAGGAGGUCCGCUGUCCAGUCCCCAAAAACUGCCAGUAAAGGAAGAGUGCGCCUGAGCUCCUCAGACCGGGAGAGCCUGCUCACUAAUUCUGGUAAAUGUUGUGGUACCGAAGAGCUGAAUGUUUUUUCGGAUGAUAUUGAAUUUGCUGACAUUAUUCACAGAGCAGAGCAAGCCAUUGAAAAUGGUGUUUUCCCAGAAAGAAUAUCCCAAGGCUCAAGUGGAAGCUACUUUGUUAAAGAUCCAAAGGGGAAAAUAAUUGGUGUGUUCAAACCAAAAUCGGAGGAGCCUUAUGGUCACCUGAAUCCAAAAUGGACCAAAUAUUUUCACAAAGUCUGCUGUCCUUGCUGCUUUGGUCGUGGUUGCCUUGUUCCAAAUCAGGGAUAUCUGUCUGAAGCUGGAGCUUAUUUAGUGGAUGAUAGACUUGGAUUAGGCGUUGUGCCUAAAACAAAGGUAGUGUUGCUUGUCAGUGAAACUUUCAACUACAGUGCAAUAGACCGUGCAAAGUCAAGAGGCAAGAAAUAUGCCUUAGAAAAAGUACCAACAGUAGGUCGAAAAUUUCACCGGAUAGGUUUACCUCCCAAGGUUGGUUCUUUCCAGCUCUUUGUGGAUGGAUAUAAAGAAGCAGAUUACUGGCUCAGGAGAUUUGAAACGGAACCUCUGCCUGAGAAUACUAGAAAGCAGCUGCAGUCUCAGUUCGAGAGACUUGUCAUUUUAGACUAUGUCAUUCGAAAUACUGACCGAGGCAAUGAUAAUUGGUUAAUUCGAUAUGAAAGUCAAGGUGAAUACACGGAAGGAUCAGAGAAAGCUGCCGACUUCCUGGUAUCAAAGGAGUGGACGGAAAAAGAGCCGGUUAUAAAAGUUGCAGCCAUAGAUAAUGGUCUGGCAUUUCCAUUCAAACAUCCAGAUGAGUGGAGAGCAUAUCCAUUCCUCUGGGUCUGGCUUCCACAAGCUAAAGUUCCUUUUAGUCAGGAGACGAGAGACCUUAUUCUUCCACGUAUCUCCGAUAUGAACUUUGUGCAGGAUCUUUGUGAGGAUCUUCAUGAGCUGUUUAAAACUGAUAAGGGAUUUGACAAGGCAACAUUUGAGAAACAGAUGUCUGUAAUGAGAGGGCAGAUCUUAAAUCUAACACAAGCUUUAAAGGAUGAGAAGAGUCCUAUUCAGUUGGUACAGAUGCCAAAAGUAGUAGUGGAAAGGAGUAGCGAUGGAUGUCAGGGCCGGAUCGUUCACCUGAGUAAUGCAUUCACGCAGACCUUUCACUGCCGGAAGCCAUUCUUCUCUUCCUGGUAGAGGGACGGGAGGAUCUGAAGUCUUCAGUUUGAAGCUGCUGUUUUGCACAAUAACUGCAAUGGGUGAAAACUACUGUCAGUCUCUAAUGGUUGCCAAAGGAUGUACAAUCUAUGAAUGUAAUUCAAUUUACGGUUAAUUGUAGGAAUAAAGUCCGGGUUUCAGGUAGCACUGUAAACUUCUUUCUAUGGCAAGAAACCCGUAUAGGGCAGGGAAAGUGGACAUUAUGGAAGGGGUGAGCAGAGUAUUCCUUCCACAGGGUUUCAUAUAUGCUGGAAUUGUGUGUCCUUGAUUUACAAAUUGCAGUUUUGAUGUUUACAAAAUUGUAAAAAGAAUAUGUAUAUCACAUUUAAUGUAUUUUCCUUCACUGAUGAGAUGCAAUGUCUGCAUUUCCUGGAGUGCCAUGUGCACUCUAGAUAGGGGAAUUAAAUCUUUUCUUGGAUA